AUGAAUAAUACAACUGUAUUGAGCUCUCAAUUAUGCAAAGAAAGUCUGCAUAAGAAGGAGGGAAAGGUUCUGAACUAUGAGAAUAAUUAUAAAACAGGCAGCAAUAAGAACUCUCAAAGAUCUGUGAGGCUAUGCGCACAUUGUAACAAACCAAUACAUAAUAAUGCAUUGAGAGCUCUUGGAUCGCACUACCACGAAGAAUGCCUUGUCUGCUACGAUUGUGGAACAGUUUGUAAGCCAAAAUACUUUCCAUAUGAACUACCUGAUUCCGGGAAUACCGUUCUUUUAUGUCAAAAGCAUUACUUCACUCGCAACAACCUUCUCUGUUCAGUAUGCAAUGAACCACUAAAUGGUGUUUACUUUAGUACAUUUGGUAAACUUUAUGAUGAAGAGCAUUUCUGCUGUUCUUUGUGUGCAGAAAAGUGCAAGGUUGAUGAGUGUUUUCACCACGAUGAUAAACUAUAUUGUAAAUACCACUUUCUGAAAUACAUUUCCAGAAGAUGCCAAGGAUGUGGUUAUCCUAUAUCUGAUCAAUAUAUCGAAUUUCCCAAAGGAGAUAACAUUGAAUGUUGGCAUACAGAGUGCUAUGGUAUACAUAAGUAUUGGCAUGUCACCAUUUCUCCACAGAGUUUUGGUCUUUCGAUUUUAAAGGGGUAUGAUUUAACUGGUUUUAACAAAGAAAACGAUAAAAAUGCCCCAAAAAGUGAAAUGGAAAAGAGCCUCAUAAUUUUUAAUACCAUCUUAUCCAAAAUUUGGACAGUUCUUUAUCGAUUUGAGGAAGAAACUGCUAAUUGCGUAUCAGAUAUGUUUCAAUACCUUGCUAGCCUGGAUCAAAAGAAUGGUUUAGAUGCAACAGCUUUGCUAGUAUUGAAAUUAAGCUGUUUACUCAAUGCUAUAGACUCAUUAGAUUCUGUAAGAGUAUUUGCUGAUCCAUCACCAACAUCUGUAGAGGACGGUAUCAACAAUGCACUUACGGAGGAAGAGAAGAGAACCUAUUUCCAGAAAAAGCAGACUAAAAUUCCCAACAAACUCUCAACAAAAAUACUGAUAUAUCUGCAACUGCUUAGGAAAAUGACUUCAAGUGCGCAAUCAGGAAGUCCGAAUGAAGUUAACUCAUUUAUUAGUGUAAUUACAGGUAUUGCCCAGUUCUUAAAAUUACUGAUUCGCGAAAGUUUAACCAAUGCUCUUGAAUACUGCAUGAGAACAAAAUCAUCAAAUACUCUUCUUAAAUACCUAAAAGAAAUUGAAGCGAACGAAAUUUACUACAAUAAUCCUUUUCAGUAUAUCAAUGUAUCAAUCGAAGCUACUGACUCAUGUUUCUACUGUGGAAAAUACAUUAAAGAAGGAUGUUACCAAUAUGGAAAUAGUAGAUGGCAUAAAGAGUGUCUUUAUUGCAACGUAUGUCAAAAGUUUAUUGAUGCUCACUCGUUAUCAGAAGCAUCCUUCAAUGUAACUACUAGCACUGUUCACUGCGCUAGAUGUUCAGUGGAUGAUCCAGACUCCAAAACAGGUUUCAAAUCUGUGAGCAACCUUUCUCAAUUAGUUUAUAUUCUUCAGAUUGCUCUUGUACGAUCAAAGACUGUUAUGGAGUACAAUCAAAGAACCACAAAAGUAACUGAUACUUCCAAUCCUAAUAUCAGAAGUAUCACGAUGCAACAAACCUACAUCCGAACUUUAAAUGACAUAAAGAGGUUAAAAUCUCGUAGAACCAGUAUGAAAGUAUCAUAUAAUAAAGAAGGUGCAAGAAAAUCUAGGGUGAUCGAAACUCAAGAACGUAGAAUUAACCAGGAUAUCGCUGGCGAAAAAGAUUUGGUUAUUGAAACAGAUGAGAAAACCGACGAAAAGCAGAAUUUGAUUUUUGACGGAACUAGAUCUCUUACUUUAGAUGAUAUUUCUAGAAUAGUUGCUGCCGAAAAAAGCCGUGAAUUGAUUCCUACUGAUCAAAACACAGAUAGCAUUAAGAGAUCUGCAACUACUAUCAAACAUCCAAUAAAAAACGCAACAUACUAUUCUGAACUUACUGCUGAGCAAUAUUAUAAACUUCAAGUCAUUGCAUUCACCGUCCUCAUAAACGAAGGAGUAGAUACUGAUGAUAUAAAAAUCCCUGAUACCCAUCAGAAACUUGUUAAUAGUAAUGGAUUGUGGACAAAGUUUAAAACAAUCAUGGGUGGUAAAGAAUCAAAAAAAGUUUCACUAAAGAAAGUAUUCGGAUCUCCACUUGAGUACCUCACAGUUAAUUGUGGAGUGGAGUCAGAUUUAGGAGUUGGUCCUUCAAAGCUAAAGGUACCCAUUCUUGUUGAUGAAAUAAUUUCAAGCUUGCGUCAGCUUGAUAUGUCAGUAGAAGGUAUUUUUAGGAAGAAUGGGAAUAUUAGACGUUUGAAGCUCUUAGUUGAAGAAAUUGAUAGCCAGCCACAAAGCUGUCCCGACCUUUCAAAAGAGUCUGUUAUUCAAUUAUCUGCUCUGCUCAAAAAGUUUUUACGGGAACUACCAAAUCCUUUGUUAACCUUUGACCUUUACAAACAAUGGAUCAAGGCGAUGCGACUAACUGACGCGGAAAUGAAAAAAAAGAUGUUAGGCUUACUCUACACAAUGCUCCCUAUCCAUCACAGGAAUGUAGCGGAGGUGCUCUUUUCAUUCUUAUAUUGGGCAUCAUCAUUCUCUCAUGUUGAUAAUCACAGCGGAUCUAAGAUGGAUAUUCAUAAUAUCUCAACCGUCAUAACUCCAAAUAUUCUAUACAAAGAUAAUGAUAUGACAAAGGUGCAGAAUGUUAAACAGGCAGAAACAUAUGCAGAUGCAUUUGCUGAAAAUGAAGGAGAGGAAUACUACAUUGCAAUAGAAACAGUGGAGUAUUGUAUCACUCAUAAUGAAGAACUAUCGAAGGUUCCUAAACUUUUGGUUGACUUACUCAAAGACGUUGAGCAGGCAAAUAUAGAGUCUACCGAAGGUAUAGCGCAAUUUGUGAAGUCAAGGUUAUAA